AUGCACUCGCCCUCCAUUCACUCGCGGGCCGAGUCACCUCCGAGCACUUCGGUGCCGAGCAAGGCGAGCUCUUUCAAACUGUCAUCGCGCAAGAGCAUCUUCCGCCGACGCCCGCGCACUGGCGGCAGUGAGGCAAGCCCGGCGCCGGAUUUCGCGAGCUCCCAUUCCCAUGCGCAUUCGCACUCGACUGAGCGGACGUACGCUGCGGAAUCUCCUGUGCUGCACGGCGCGUCGCCUUUCGGCGGCCUUGGCGUCGAUAUGGGUGAAGGCUCCAACAUGGGCCACGCGCAGAGGCCAAAAUUCAAGAGAACGCAGACAGGUUCGUCACAUGCAAGCUCAGGUAAGAGUGAAGCUCACUCUGCUGCUGCUGCCGCUGCUGCAGUCACAAAGGAACCUCAGCUUCUGAGAUCGACGACACCGACCGCCAGCCAAGCUCAGCUCCUGCAGGCCAACCCUUCCUCUGAUCUGCGACUAAUGAACCUGCAGCGGCAUGCGGAUCAACCGCCAUUGCCGCUGCCAGCACCAAAAGCACCGACCUUAUCUCGCGGCCCUUCCUUUCGUCAGGCGCGUGGCCCAGAGUAUGGGUACAACGGACGCACGCGAAGCAACUCCAUGGUCUCCCUCGGCAGUGUUGGCGGUGCGCAAAGUCAAAGUGCAGGUGGCGAGCGCAUGAAUGCGUCGGGCUAUGGCGGCCCUGUGCUGGAAAUGUCCAAAUUGGACAGCGCUGGUGGUGCUGCCGGACUCUUCGGUGGCGGGGGAGGAGGUGUGACUCGUCAGAGAACGUCUUCUUUGAUCCCGAGCUUGCCUUUCCUCGGGAGCCCUCGCAUACGCACGCUGUCGAACGGAGCAAAUAGUGGCUCAUUCCCAACGGCGGGCCCAGUGCCAACUCCGCUUCUGCCAAGCAGUCAUGCCUUUGCUCCUAUCUCUUCCUCCUCUUCCUCUUCAUCGGUGCAACAGACGAGUGCAGCGAUGAGCAAUGCCGUCGCGGCAAUAACUGCGCGCGAUACUGUCCUUCAAAAUGCGCUCCGUCGAGCGUCAGCUGCAUCGAAGUUUACUGCCCCUCUUGCUACUCCCGAGCCAAUCCUCCUCGCCCGGGGUAACCUGCCGCUGACGACUAGCUCUGCGUCAUCAUCCACGCCAAGUUUGGCUCUCGUGUCCGCCUCUGCCUCUGCAUCGGCAUUAGCUGCAUCCCCGACCCCUUCCUCCACACCCGUGAGCGGGCGCAUCUCUCUGGACCCCAACAGCCCAGUUAUGACGCGCACGACGCUUCCGCCCUCCGCCGAAGAAGGGGCUCCACCACCAGCUAUCUCCGUCGCGUCGGCACCGAGCGGCCGUCUGGAGCCUUAUGAGGACGAGAGCCCGGAUGAGUUCAUGCAACGAGCGGCGCACAGCCUCGAAAAGUCCGAGCUGGCCGUCGCACUUGCGUCACAUGCAGUUCCGUUCUACCUCGAGGCCCUGCAAGCUUGUAUGCGACGAUUCCAGUUCGCAGGUAAUGCCCUGGACAUCGCCCUGCGCAAGCUACUCAUGGAGCUCUGUUUGCCGAAGGAGACCCAACAGAUCGAUCGCGUGAUGGAGGCGUUUGCGAUUAGGUAUAAUGAGUGCAACGAGGGACUAUUCGCAUCUCCAGACCAACCGUACAUCCUUGCCUUUUCGCUCAUGAUGCUUCACACGGACCAUUUCAACAAAAACGCAAAGCAAAAGAUGAGCAAGGCUGAUUACGUUCGCAACGCUUCGUCCAGCGAGGCUCCGAUUGAAGUCCUCGAGUACCUUUAUGACAACCUCAUCUUCACGCAAUUCAUCUUUGUCGAUGGCGACAAGCGCAUCGGUAUCCGCAGGCCUUCGGAAAGCAGCACUGGCUCGAGACUAGCAUCACUGACGUCCGGCGGCUCGAGCUCGAACAGGAACAAAAUCGAUGCGUACGGCAUUAUCACACAGGGCCGCACGCAUGAGCUUACGCCAAACAUCGGAGACAUCAUCCAGGAAGACUCACCCUUCUCGCUUGGGAUCGACUACUCAACUUUCGAUACGGAGAUGCUGCGUCGCGCUUUCAGCAAUGCACCCACGAUCGAAAUUGUCACACCGCCACGGUCAGGCAUUCCGAUCGGUGCCGCAUGGAGCGGCAAUGCUCAGGGAAAUCCUGCAAUGAUGUCAUACGUCAUGGAACAAUCCGAAGCCAUAGUGACACUCAAGGUAACCAAAGUCGGUGUAUUGAACCGCAAAGAUGACCCGAUCGAAGGAAGCGGCAAGAAGCAUGCGAAGAAGUGGAAGCAAUGGGGCCUGAUCCUGACCAGUGCCCAGCUUCUCUUCUUCAAAGACACAAUCUGGACUAGUGCUCUGCAGUCGCAGAUUGCAGAUCAAGUCGGCGAUGCGCAAGUCCACGGAGAUCCAAUCAAAGUCAACAUCACUCCUCGCAUUACUUAUUUUCGGCCUGACGGCGUCCUCUCGCUUGGCGACGCCAUCGCUGUCCUUGACGAAAGUACUGCUUGUCUGCCGAACGCAUUCAGGCUAUAUGCGGAACAGGCAGGACAGUCCCGGCAAUACCUCGUACAGGCAUCAUCGCACGAGGAGAUGGUGGACUGGAUGACAAAGAUCAACUACUGUGCGGCCUUCCGGUCGGUGGGCAUCCGCCGUCUCGAUAUCUUCUUAUCAGACGAGCGGGUUCAGAUGAUGCGCACCGAGUUGUUUAACUCUUCGAUCUCCGGCUCAUCUGCUUCGAUUUUGUCAUCUGAUUCUUCGGCAAGUUCGCAGCAGGCAUCGGGCAAAUUUGAUGAUUUGCUACGCGAGUCUAACGUGCAGAUUCAGCGUCGACUUAGGGAACGAGCCGAGCAGGUGGCGCCGAAAGUGGGCUUGUUAGAUAACACCCUUCGGGCCUUGCAUCGCGAACUCGAAGAGCAUCUGCGGCUGGCGCGUCACUUUCACAUCAUGACGCCUUUCCAGAAGAGCACGCGAGAACGGAUCGAGGCAGCUGUGGUACCGCUUGCAACGAAGGUGCGAAGACUCCGUCUGGAAGCGUUCAAAGCCCACAAUAGGGGCAUCAUCCUCGCAAAAGAGUGCGAUCACUACAGGAGGCUCUCAGACACAUCGACUCCCGUCAUACCACUCUCUACGGAUGAUCUGUCCGCCAGGGCACAAGAGCCAAUGAUACCUAAGAAGGAAACCGAGGAUAGAUUGAGCGUGCCGGGCUCCGAUGCAGCAGCAGGACUGCGUAUCAACACAUUCCCCAGCUCUUCUCGACAGCGGCCUCUUGCCGAAGAAUUUACACCGACGCUUCGAUCUUCGCAGGAAAGCGAUGAGAAGACAGGCAGGCGAGGCGAGACAAGCGAUUUCCCCUCUGAUAGCCCUACCACGCCGGCCAGGCCUGGUCUUCCAUGUCAGACCUCUGAUGGCGGCCCUCCAUUAACUCCCAUAUGGAGCCUUAAAUCACCGACAAGCAGCGCGGCUACCAUGACGCCCGUUACCGAAUCGCCGAUUGACUCAUUGACAGAUUCGGGUAGUGUUGGCAAUCUUUCGAGCUCGAGCGUAACACCCUCUAACCUGGCCUCUAUAGAAGAGGCCGCUGAUUGGCAUGCAACCGCUGCAGCGCAGGAGAAGCGCGUCAGUCUGGCCGCCUUGCCGACCAUAUCUGCGGAUGAUGUCGAGACGCUUACGCGGGUUCACAAGAACGGGAGACGCUCACAACAGAGGUCUACAAUCGAUAAGGACCUGUUCACGCCGCCAAAUUUCAGCAUGAAUGAUCCUGGACCGUUCGCAUAG